AUGGCUAGCUUCAACCCCUACGGCAAUCUAAACGAGGCCGAGCAAGAAGGGGUCGCAGCGCGUCGGAAAACGCGCCAACGCAUCACCAUCAUCGUCGUAUCCAGCAUAGUCCUUGUCGCCAUCAUGGGCGGAAUCUUCCUCUUCACUCAAACUCGAGACGCAGGAGGCCUUUCCACCUCCCUGAAGGCCUCCUGCGCCGCGACCCUAUACCCCAACACGUGCUACACCAGCCUCUCCCCACUAAUAAAACCGCGCCACGUCAGCCCUCAUGACAUCUACAAGCUCUCCCUCCAAGUCUCCUUGGGCGAGCUCUCCCGAGCCGCCGACGGAUUCUUCCAACACCCUACAGUGCAGAAGGUGGUCGCAGACAACAACAGAACGCUCGCGGCACUGGAGAGCUGCCGCGAGCUAUUCUCCCUGGCGCUCGACCACCUCAACGACUCCGCGUCCUCCGCCGCUGCCAGCCUCCACGACCACAGGACGUGGCUGAGCGCCGCGGCGACAUACCAGGAGACGUGCGUCGAGGACCUGAGCACUGCAUCAGCGGCGCUCGGGGCCCUCGCCGCGGGUCACCUCGGGAACUGCACUGAGUACACCAGCAACAGCCUGGCGCUCGUCAGCGCGGCCGAGGAAGCACUCGGCGGCGGGGCCGGCGGUCGGAGGAUGCUGGAGAUGCCGGCGGGGCAGAUGAAGUUCGACGCGGUGGUGGCGAGGGACGGGAGCGGUGGCUACACGACGAUCGCGGCGGCGCUGAAGAUGGUGCCGGAGAAGAGUAAAAAGAGGUUUGUUAUAUACGUGAAAAGGGGGACUUAUUUUGAAAAUGUGAGGAUAGAGAAGAAGAUGUGGAAUGUGAUGAUGAUUGGUGAUGGAAAGGAUGCCACCAUUGUUUCCGGCCGUCUCAACCAUGCUGAUGGAACUCCCACAUUCCAAUCCGCCACAUUUGCCGUGAAGGGGAAAGGAUUCAUGGUCCGAGACAUGGGGUUCGUAAACACGGCCGGGGCAAGCAAGGGCCAAGCCGUGGCCCUUAUGUCAACGGCCGACCGCUCGGCCUUCUACCGCUGCAAAAUGGACGGGUACCAAGACACGCUCUAUCCACACUCCAACCGCCAAUUCUACCGCGAGUGCGACAUCUACGGCACCGUGGACUUCAUCUUUGGAAACGCCGCGGUCGUGAUCCAAAAUUGCAACAUUAUGCCCAAGCUGCCCUUGCACGGCCAAAAAAACACCAUCACCGCCCAAGGCAAGAAGGAUCCGAACCAAAACACGGGCAUAUCCAUCCAUAACUGCAUCAUUAGACCCACGGCCAACUUGACCGGGGUCAACAACUUCUUAGGGCGGCCGUGGAAGAAUUACUCCACGACCAUUUUCUUGCAAAAUAAGAUGGAGGGCUUCAUCGACCCGAAAGGGUGGCUACCUUGGGUUGGCACCACGGCCCCGAGCACCAUCUUCUACGCUGAGUACCGGAACUGGGGGCCCGGGGCCGGGACCAGUGAUAGGGUCAAGUGGAGUGGCUUGAGGCUCAAACUUAAUGCCCAACAAGUUAGUAGGUUUACGGUUGAGGAAUUCAUCAAUCGAGACAAAUGGAUUAACGAAAUGGGUGUUACAUAUAAAUCGGGACUUUGA